UGUGCUCAGCACUCUACAGUUUACAGCCACAUCUCAAUCUUUGGCUUGUUUCUUUCCUCCUGCCUGCCUCAUGGUCAGCAAGGUGUCAUGGUCCCAGCCAGCAUGUGAGGAGUUGGAGUAGCACUGAGAGGUUUGGCAUCAGGUCCUCCAGCAGAUGGUGUGGCCAGUGGUGACAGAUGCAUUAUGUUACCGGGCCUCCCGGCACCCAUCCCGCCCCCCACCACAGCAUCCCCAUUUACAAGUGAAGGAGCUGAGCCUUGGGGAGGCCUAGUGUCUUUUCCCCAUGACCAGGAGUUCAUAGAGAUGGCUAACCACCCCACGUCAUGCUGCAGUGCCGCGGAGAUCAUGGCUGUCCUCUUUUUCCACACCAUGCGCUACAAGCCCCUGGACCCCCGGAACCCUCACAACGACCGCUUUGUACUCUCCAAGGGCCACGCGGCUCCCAUCCUGUAUGCUGUAUGGGCUGAGGCCGGCUUCCUGCCUGAGGAGGAGCUGCUGAACCUGAGGAAGAUCACCUCUGACUUGGACGGGCACCCUGUUCCGAAACAAGCUUUCACCGAUGUGGCCACUGGCUCCCUGGGCCAGGGCCUUGGGGCCGCUUGUGGGAUGGCCUACACGGGCAAAUACUUCGACAAAGCCAGCUACCGCGUCUACUGCAUGAUGGGAGACGGGGAGCUGUCGGAGGGCUCUGUGUGGGAGGCCAUGGCCUUCGCCAGCAUCUACAAGCUGGACAACCUGAUUGCCAUUCUUGACAUCAACCGCCUGGGCCAGAGUGACCCCACCCCGCUGCAGCACCAGGUGGACGUCUACCAGAAGCGUUGCGAGGCCUUUGGCUGGCACACCGUCAUCGUGGAUGGACACAGCGUGGAGGAGCUGUGCAAGGCCUUUGGCCAGGCCAAGCACCAGCCGACGGCCAUCAUCGCUAAGACCUUCAAGGGCCGGGGGAUCUCAGGCAUAGAGGACAAGGAGGCUUGGCACGGGAAGCCCCUCCCCAAAAACAUGGCCGAUCAGAUUGUCCAGGAAAUCUGCAGCCAGAUCCAGAGCACGAAGAAGAUCCUUGUGACUCCCCCACAAGAGGAUGCCCCCUUAGUGGACAUCACCAACAUCCGCAUGCCCAGCCCACCCAGCUACAAAGUUGGCGACAAGAUAGCUACCCGCAAGGCCUAUGGACAGGCCCUGGCGAAGCUGGGCCGCGUCAACGACCGCAUCAUCGCCCUGGAUGGGGAUACCAAGAAUUCCACCUUCUCAGAGAUCUUCAAAAAGGAGCACCCAGACCGAUUCAUUGAGUGCUACAUUGCUGAGCAGAACAUGGUGAGUGUCGCCGUGGGCUGUGCCACACGCAACCGGACAGUGCCCUUCUGCAGCGCUUUCGGGGCCUUCUUCACACGGGCCUUCGACCAGAUUCGCAUGGCGGCCAUCUCGGAGAGCAACAUCAAUUUCUGUGGCUCCCACUGUGGUGUGUCCAUCGGGGAAGACGGGCCCUCUCAGAUGGCUCUGGAAGAUCUGGCCAUGUUUCGGUCAAUCCCCACUGCAACCGUCUUUUACCCAAGUGAUGGUGUGUCUACGGAAAAGGCAGUGGAAUUAGCAGCCAAUACAAAGGGUAUCUGCUUCAUCCGGACCAGUCGCCCAGAAAACGCCAUCAUCUAUAACAGCAAUGAGGAUUUCCAAAUCAAACAAGCCAAGGUGGUCCUGAAGAGCAAGGAUGACCAGGUGACUGUGAUUGGGGCCGGGGUGACCCUGCACGAGGCCUUGGCUGCUGCCGACCUACUGAAGAAAGAGAAGAUCAACAUUCGUGUGUUGGACCCCUUCACCAUCAAGCCCCUGGACAGGAAUCUCAUUCUCAGCAGCGCCCGAGCUACCAAGGGGAGGAUCCUCACCGUGGAGGACCAUUACUACGAAGGUGGCAUAGGUGAGGCAGUGUCCUCCGCCUUAGUGGGUGAGCCUGGCAUCACUGUCUCCCGCCUCGCCGUUGGCGAGGUACCAAGAAGUGGGAAGCCAGCUGAGCUGCUGAAGAUGUUUGGCAUCGACAGGGAUGCCAUUGCACAAGCUGUGAGGGACCUUGUCGCCAAGGCCUAGUAAGGGUAAAGUGUGCAAAGGGUUCUACACAUUCCCGAGAUUCUGGCAAAGGUGCUCAAAGAUGUAGUGAGAGGAGUAAUAAAUUUAUGUUUUGAGAAAAAA